AUGAGGCAGCAGUUCCAAAGAAGCCUGGAAGAUGUGAAGGAGCUGUUGCAACAGGUGGACCUUGAAAGCAUGGCCAACACCAUAGAGGAGGUGGCUCAGGUGGUGGAUAGCAUUCACGAUUUGGAGGCAAUGUUUGAAGCGGCUGGGCGCGAUCCUGAAGGGCGUGAUCCGGAAAGUUGUGAGGAGCAAGCGCGACAAACCCUGGAGGUUGCUGCAAACUGCAUCCCCAAUGCAGUGGACGCCAUCAACAGGUGUAGAAGCCCCAACACAGCUACAAAAGUGAGCACAGCUCUUCAGGAUUUUGCUGGCUUUACGGAGAAGUCUGUCGCCCUCGGAUUGCCCUUGGUGAAGAAGAAGAAGCCAAAAGGCCAAACACAGCCAGACAUGCUGAUUCUCGUCGCUUCUCCCGUGAACUGCUGCGGCAGCACUUAA